GAGGCACGAAAAUUAUCUCCUCACACCAAUUUACAAGUGGCGGCGGUUUAUGGCGGUGCACCAAUUUAUCAACAAUUACAGGCUUUUCGUCGGGGCGUUGACCUAGCAGUAGGGACUCCUGGCCGAAUCAUCGACCACAUUUUUACGCGUCAAAGUUUCCGGCUGGACCAACUAAAAUUUGUGGUUUUAGACGAAGUGGACGAAAUGAUUAGCAAAGGAUUUUUGCCCGAGAUUGAAAAAAUAAUGAAAAAAAUGCCAGAGCAACGCCAGACUUUGCUUUUUUCUGCUACCAUUUCCCCCGAGGUAAAAGGUUUUGCUAACCGCUUUGCUCGCAAUCCUGUUCUUAUCGCUAGCCCUACUAACGAUUUACCAAAUAAUAUAGAGCACUAUUAUUUGGAAACGGCCGCUCGGGGCUUGGACAUUAAGGAUAUUUCCUACGUGGUUAAUUAUGAUUUUCCGCAAAACCGCGAGUUUUAUAUUCACCGCACUGGACGCACUGGACGAGCCGGAGCCA